AUGGCAGACCUUGGAAUCAAAACGGGACAUAAGGUGCUGUUUGUUUGGGCCCAGCCCUCAUCCCCCACGACUUUAAAGAAGUUUGUUGACAAUCUCUGUGCCAUUGUUGGUCCUAAUGGAAAGGUUUCAGUGGAAAACAUGGACAUGCUAUUGCUAUCCUCCCAUGCUGAGUCCUCAUUUGAUCGGGUGCUCUCCUGCCUUCUGUCGGACAGCUUUCCUACCCACAGUUCAGAGACUCUGGCAGAGAUGGCCAGAGUACUUAAACCUGGUGGCAAGAUGCUUCUGGAUGAACCUGUUACAGAAGUUGAAUUCCAGAAUUUGAGGACUGCUGAGGAGUUAAUGUCUGCCUUGAAGUUAUCAGGUUUGACGUCAGUGACAAAGGUCAGAAACACAAAACUGAGUUCAGAGGCUUUGAGAGCUGCAGGUUACCCAGAAAGCAAUCUAUCAAGAAUACGCAUAUCCGCAACCAAACCAGAUUUUGAGGUGGGAUCGUCCAGUGCGAUUAAGCUGUCUUCUGGGAAAGUUACAUCUCAGCCAGAUAAAUUAGCUCUGGAUCCAAACACAGUCAAAAUGUGGACACUAUCGGCCAACGACAUGAAUGAUCAUGAUGUGGACCUUGUGGACUCUGAUGCACUGCUUGAUGAAGAAGACUUGAAGAAGCCAGAACCAGUGUCUCUUAAAGCCCCCACCUGUGGCGAUGGAGCACGCAAGAAGAAGAAAGCCUGCAAGAACUGCACAUGCGGUUUAGCUGAGGAACUGGAGGAGAGUAAAGGACAACAGAUGAGAAAUCUUCCCAAGUCUGCCUGUGGGAGUUGUUACCUUGGCGAUGCAUUUCGUUGUGCCAGCUGUCCAUAUAUGGGGAUGCCAGCAUUCAAACCGGGGGAGAAGAUUGUUUUGGAAAACAGCACGCUGACAGAUGCUUGA